AUGGCUACCCUGACCAUGUUGCCGCAAACCACCGUACGCAAACACAUAACCUACUUGGCUUGGCAGGACUUGUACGACAAAGUGAAACCGUAUCAAGUUCUGAUGGACGUCCCACCCGGCCGCGAUAAAUCGAACCUGGUCUUCGAAGAGGGUCCAAAAGAAGACAUUGUUGACAUCCGAGGCCGCGAGUCCGAGUUUAACAUGGACGAUAACGGCCUCAUGGUCAAAACAUGUAAAUUCGACAUUGGUGAAUACAACACGGAAACGCUCGAAGGGGAAGGCGGGUACCUGGAACAGGUGGCGGAUCUGAUUAGAGAAACUGUAGAAGUAUCCGAUGAGGUGGUAUGCUUCAACUGGCAGAUCCGCACCAGCGACAGCAGGAAGACCGACAAGCAGAAUGGGGACUAUGUGUACCUCGACGACUCGAUGGAAUGGAUUAAGCCAGUGAGCUACGUGCAUGUUGAUCAAACACCUGGAGCGACCGAGAAACGCAUUCGCCACCACAUGGGUGAUCGAGCAGAAGAUCUGCUCAAGUGCCGCUACCGCAUUAUCAACCCGAAGUACAAGUGGUAUUUCCUCAGUCGGCAGACCAAAGACGAAGCACUCAUCUUCAAGACUCAUGACUCGGAUGAAACGAAAAACUCUAUGUGCUGCCCCCACACAUCUUUCAAGCUGGAUGGCGUGCGACCAGACGCGCCACCACGAGAAACCAUCGAGGUUCGUGCUUUGGUGUUUUCAUACAACAAGUGA